CUCCAAGCCUCGUCCCCCAUAUGAAAGGCUAUGGUCCAAAUGGUGUCUUUUUCUGUAGGGACGCUCUGAGCAUCCACUGCGACCAUCAGUUCAUGAUGCUAUCUGCACAGCAAUUCAAGCAAUCCAAGCAAUUCAAGCGUCCGCCCAAUUCGACGUCCUCUAAGGUUGCCCGAUGGCGACCGCUGUUUAGUCGAAACAGAAUUAUCCAAGCACUCUUUGGUGGCGCCUUAGCAUUCUUGGCGGGGAAUUUCGCGGUUCAUUCGAAUGUUGAGACUGCUCUGGACUUCCUCAGUCCCGUUUACAAAGACAGCUAUUGGGAUGGCCACCGAGAGGAGGUCAAAGACGCGUUCGUGACCAGUUGGGAUGCAUACGCCAAAUAUGCUUGGGGAAAGGAUGUUUUCCACCCUGUCUCCAAGACUGCCUACCAAAUGAGCCCCAGUGGUCUCGGGUGGAUCAUCGUCGACAGCCUGGAUACAUUGAUGAUCAUGAAUCUUACGACACAGCUCUCUGAUGCUCGAAAAUGGCUGAAUCGGGGCUUGACGUACGACCAAGACCAAGACGUCAACACGUUCGAGACGACCAUUCGCAUGCUAGGCGGACUUUUAUCUGCCCAUUACCUUUCUACUCAGCUUCCAGACGUAUCCUCUCGUCGGGACUAUAUUUACCUAACUAAAGCAGUUGAUCUGGCCGACCGUCUUCUCAGUGCCUAUGAGUCCCGCUCUGGGAUACCAUAUGCGAGUGUCAACCUUCACAAACGCCAGGGAAUUCCGUCUCAUGCAGACGGCGGCGCUUCAUCCACCGCGGAAGCCACCACCCUUCAACUAGAGAUGAAAUACCUGGCCCACCUGACGGGUAAAGAGAUAUACUGGCGCAAGGCUGAGAAUGUCAUGAAGGUGAUCGAUGAUCAUCGCAUGCAGAACGGUCUGUUGCCAAUUUAUGUACACCCGCAAUCUGGGAGAUUCCCGUAUCGGGAGAUUCGUCUUGGAAGCCGUGGUGAUUCCUAUUAUGAAUAUCUAAUUAAACAAUUCCUGCAAAGCUCCGGUCAGGAGCCUAUCUACAGUGAGAUGUGGGAAGAGGCUCUGGCAGGUAUCCAAAAACACCUCGUUACCACUACCAAGCACUCUAAUCUCCGUUUCAUCGCCGAAUUACCCCAAGGAAUUGGUGGGAAGUUGUCCCCAAAAAUGGACCAUCUCGUUUGUUUCUUACCAGGCUCAAUUGCAAUCGGUGCGACUGAAGGGCGAACAGAAGCCGAGGCACGCAAGCUGCCUAGCUGGGAUGCUCAAAAGGAAGAGCAGAUGGAGCUAGCAAGGGAACUCAUGAAAACCUGCUGGGCUAUGUAUGCAGUGACUGAGUCAGGUCUCUCGCCCGAAAUUGCUUGGUUUGAAACAGAGUCUGGUGACCUCGAGCCAAAUCCUGGAUUGCGGCCUCGGUCUCGUAGUAGCAAUGAUCCAAAGUCCUGGAAAAAAGACUUCAUCAUCAAGCCUCCUGAUGCACACAAUUUGCAGCGUCCGGAAACCGUGGAGAGUCUUUUCUUGAUGUUUCGUGUUACUAACGACCCUCUCUAUCGGAAGUGGGGAUGGGAGAUGUUUAAGGCAUUCCAGAAACACACGAUCGUUGCUGACGGGGAGGGAUACACGUCUUUGAAUGAUGUGACCAAAGUUCCGCCCCCGCAGCGUGAUAACAUGGAGAGCUUUUGGCUGGCCGAAACCUUGAAGUACUUUUACCUGCUAUUCUCCCCGUCCGUGUACAUUCCACUCACAGAGGUUGUUUUCAACACCGAGGCCCAUGUGCUGCCUCGUUUUAAAACAACCAAAUUCGUGACAGGAUGGACGCGUAAAGAACGAGCAUGA